GAUUUCUAAUUCUAAUGAGGCCUUUCCAGAACCUUCUUAAAACCCCUUCCUCGCCCAAAAAACCUCUCCUCAAGCCCUAAACGUCCCCCAUCGCCGUACCCCAGGGCCAUCCACACUUCAAGAAACCACCGCUCGAUCCUCCAUUGCCCAUGGCCAAGCGUCUCAUUCCUUCCCUUAAUCGCGUUCUUGUUGAGAAGAUCGUUCCCCCUUCCAAGACUAAUGCUGGAAUUCUUCUCCCUGAGAAGACCACCAAGUUGAAUUCUGGAAAAGUUGUAGCAGUAGGCCCUGGUGCACGUGAUAGGGAUGGGAAUGUUAUCCCUGUUUCCGUGAAGGAAGGAGACAUGGUCCUUUUACCUGAGUAUGGAGGAACUGAAGUAAAACUGGGCGACAAGGAGUAUCAUCUGUUCAGGGAUGACGACAUACUGGGAACACUCCAUGAAUGAUUCAUAUUAUUAGCUUUAUAUUCUAGCUGUCAAAGUGAGUGAGAUGUAUCAUGCUUGGACCAGGAAAAGGCCUCUUAAAAGCAAAAUUUUGAGAAUGUUCUCAGUCAUUCGUGUCAUUUUGAUGCACAAAACUAAAUGCAUGCAUUGAGAGAAUUAAUAAGGAAUUGCCAGUCGAAGUGGAUCUUUGUUAUCUACAUUAACUUUAAUAUUAGAAUCAGCUACCUAUGGAAAGUAGUAGUAGUUCAUAUUGUUGGUAAAUGUGUGCAGUUGGAUGAACUUUUUCAAUGCCUGGGGAGGAUUUGACCCUCUUAUCUGUAUUCUGUAGUUUGUUGACAUGCAUGAACCUGGCUAAGUCUAUCAUUUGAAUUAAGAUUCGCCGUCUUGGUAUUGGAUUUCA